AUGGAUUCUUCAAGGCGGACUCUUCAGAGGAUAUCAGAUGAUGAAUCAUCAUCCUCUGGAGCUGUUGAAAAAGAAAAGGAUGCCAAGAAGUCAUAUAUUCCAAGGAGAUUAAUGAUUGGGAAAGAUGAAUAUGUGCGAAUUGGCAAUGGUAACCAGCUUAUAAGAGAUCCCAAGAAGCGAACUCGCAUUUUGGCCAGUGAAAAAGUUCGAUGGAGUUUGCACACUGCAAGAUCACGAUUGGCUAGAAAACGGAAGUACUGUCAGUUUUUUACAAGAUUUGGGAAAUGCAACAAAGAUGAUGGAAAAUGUCCCUUCAUUCAUGAUUCCUCCAAAAUAGCAGUCUGCACUAAGUUUCUGAAUGGCUUGUGUUUCAAUCCUGAAUGCAAAUUGACUCAUAAGAUCAUUCCAGAAAGGAUGCCUGAUUGUUCUUACUUUUUGCAAGGCCUUUGCACCAAUAAAGACUGCCCUUAUAGACAUGUGCGUGUCAAUCCAAAUGCUUCUACCUGCGAAGGAUUUCUCAGGGGUUAUUGUGCUGAUGGGAAUGAGUGUCCGAGGAAGCACAGCUAUGUCUGCCCCACGUAUGAAGCAACAGGAUCCUGUCCUCAAGGAUCCAAAUGCAGGCUGCACCAUCCCAAAAACCGAAGCAAGGAAAAGAAAAGCAAGCAAUCACGGGAGAACAAUGCUCAAGGGCGAUAUUUUGGUUUGAUGCACACCAACACUAUUGAGCCUAGAAAUCCAGUGCCUGGAAAGCUCUAUGUGCUAGAUAAUGAUGCCAUUUCAUUCAAAGGAAGUAUUGCUGAUUAUAUCAGCCUUGAUGUUAGUGAUGAAGAAGUGGUAGAAAAUAACAAUCCAGCAGAUGAGCAUACAGCACUUAGUGAUAGUGGUACCUUGGACUUGCAACUAGGUGACCUUGGUGAGUUAAUUAAACCAGAAGAAACACGAGACUAUAACCUAAAAAAGCCCCUGCCUAGCGAGCCUCCAAAUGGAGGAGAAUUGCAGAAGGAGAAAAAAAGAAGCCGUUGCGGAAGCACCAAUCUUGGCUAA